AUGCUUUCUGGGUGUCUUGUUCGACUUUGGACGCGCGGCGACGGCACACAUCAUCGGAGUCUCAACCUCUAUGGCCCUAGGGCACUUGCAGAACCCCCCUCCCCCCUUUGCGUCUCGCGUAUGCCGCGCCUCCUGUUCAGCGAGAGGCUUCGACCCAUCACAGGGCUCAAGGGAGAAGAAUAUCUUAAGGCAUUUCUCGACAUUAUACUAGGUCAUCACAUUGCAUGGACCAAUGGCGGGAUAUAUCAUUGUGAUCUCAACCUUACCAAUACCGUGUACAGGAAAGAGGGAGGCAAGGUCUGUGGUGUUCUCUACGACUUCGACCUCGUCUCGACCGACUUUAAGUCACACGAUUACACGGAAAGGCUCGAGCGCACUGGCACGCUCCCAUACAUGACCUUGGACCUCCUACGGGCUCGCUACCUGAACAUUUCCUCUCCGCAUCUUUACCGCCACGACCUUGAGGCGUUCUACUGGAUGCUGGUAUGGACGUGCAGCUGCAUCGUCGACGGCAAAGAAGAUACGGAAGGUCAGAGGAUGGAGUUCGGAACCUGGCGGAAAGGCGACUAUAGGGCUUGCCACGCACGGAAGCUACAGUGGGAGGGUGGUGGUCCGUACUACUGGGAGCAAUUGGUGCAGCCCUCGCAGAUGGCAUUAUGGAUUAUAGCAAAACAGUGGGCAGGAGACCAUAUACUUCGUCAACGCAUCGAAAUCGUGCGACUUCGCUCCAAAGGGUUGAAGGAACCGUACGAGGCAGACCCUUCUGCAACAUGUUGGGAUCGUCAGCCGUAA